GUUCUCCGCCCCCUCCCAGCUCUGGUGUGAGCGGCCUCCGCUAUGGCUGCGCUGCGAAGGCUUUUGUGGCCGCCGCCCCGGCUGUCGCCUCCACUCUGCGCUCACCAGCCCCUCCUUGGGCCGUGGGGGCGGCCUGCGGGGACCACCCUGGGCCUUCCUGGCCGGCCCUUCUCCUCGCGGGAGGAUGAGGAGAGGGCUGUGGCGGAGGCGGCAUGGAGGCGGCGGCGGCGCUGGGGAGAGCUGAGCGUGGCGGCGGCGGCCGGCGGGGGACUGGUCGGCCUGGUGUGCUACCAGCUGUACGGGGACCCCAGGGCCGGCUCGCCGGCGACCCGGCGGCCCGCGGAGAGCGUGGCCGCGGAGCACGAGGACCCGCCCCGCGGCCGGGGGAUGCUGCCCAUCCCAGUGGCGGCUGCCAAGGAGACGGUUGCUAUUGGCAGAACAGACACUGAAGACUUAGACCUCUAUGCCACAUCUCGGGAGAGGCGAUUUCGCUUAUUUGCUUCUAUAGAAUGUGAAGGGCAGUUAUUCAUGACUCCGUAUGAUUUUAUUUUGGCUGUUACAACAGAUGAGCCCAAAGUUGCCAAAACUUGGAAGUCACUUUCCAAACAGGAAUUAAAUCAAAUGCUCACAGAAACACCACCAGUUUGGAAAGGCUCAUCAAAGCUAUUUCGAAAUCUUAAAGAAAGAGGUGUGAUUUCUUACACAGAAUAUCUUUUUCUUUUAUGCAUUUUAACAAAGCCACAUGCAGGGUUCAGAAUAGCUUUCAACAUGUUUGACACUGAUGGCAAUGAGAUGGUGGAUAAAAAAGAGUUUUUGGUGCUUCAAGAGAUAUUCAGGAAAAAAAAUGAAAAGAGAGAAGCUAAAGGAGAUGAAGAAAAGCAUGCAAUGCUGCGUCUUCAACUUUAUGGAUACCAUUCUCCUACUAAUAGUGUACUUAAAACAGAUGCUGAGGAACUUGUCUCCAGAAGCUAUUGGGAUACACUGAGACGUAACACAAGCCAAGCACUGUUUUCAGACCUCGCAGAGCGUGCUGAUGACAUCACAAGUUUAGUAACAGAUACUACACUUCUUGUUCACUUUUUUGGAAAGAAAGGAAAAGCUGAGCUCAACUUUGAAGAUUUUUAUAGAUUCAUGGAUAAUCUCCAAACAGAAGUUCUAGAAAUAGAAUUCCUUUCCUACUCAAAUGGAAUGAAUACCAUCAGUGAGGAAGAUUUUGCUCAUAUUCUUUUACGAUAUACAAAUGUGGAAAAUACGUCAGUAUUUUUAGAAAAUGUGCGUUACAGUAUACCUGAAGAAAAGGGCAUCACAUUUGAUGAAUUCAGGUCAUUUUUCCAGUUUUUAAACAACCUAGAAGACUUUGCAAUAGCCUUGAAUAUGUAUAACUUUGCAAGUCGUUCUAUAGGGCAAGAUGAAUUUAAACGUGCCGUCUAUGUAGCUACUGGACUCAAACUUUCACCACAUUUAGUGAACACUGUCUUCAAGAUUUUUGAUGUUGACAAAGAUGAUCAAUUAAGUUAUAAAGAAUUUAUUGGAAUUAUGAAAGACAGACUCCAUAGAGGAUUCCGGGGUUAUAAAACAGUCCAGAAGUACCCCACUUUCAAAUCCUGCCUGAAGAAAGAACUUCAUAGCAGAUAAAUACUACUAAAACAAAGUUUAAAGGAUUACUAUCUGUGUGACAAAUAACAAGAAGCAAAAUUUUGAGAGUGGAAGCAGGUCUGAGGUCAGAAGAAGUAGAGAAUGAAGGAAAAGGUGAAUGCUAUGAAAUUGAUAUUUUUUCUGGAACUGAAUGCUUAAACAUAAAACAGAUAAAAUGCAUCUUGUUACUACAAAUGUUAUAUAUAUAAAAUCAAGUUGAGCUUUACCUUGAUUUGCUGAACUGUCUGCACUUUUUCAUUCCCUUCAGAAGUAUAUAGAUACUUCCGGUGACUACAUAUGAAUGUACUUUCAAUAUUAUUUAUUUAUUUAUUCAUUAGAAAUUUUCCUCAUUUCAAAAUAAUUUAUGACUUAUGGAAUGUUGAUCGCCUAAAAAUGAACAUCGCAUUUUCUUUGAUGUUGGACUGUGAACUUAUUUUCAGAGAUGAAUAUUGCUUGAGAUUUAUAAUACCCUUAGAAUUAUUAUUAAAUUCCUGUUAUUUGCCCAGUUUUUAAUUACACUGAGAUAAUUUUGAAAACAAAUAGAAAUUAAGCUACUAUAUAAAACGAUUGUUUACAUGUACUUUUAACUUUUAAAAGUACUUAACAUAUGUUGUUUGACUUGUAUACAGUUUUUAAAAAUUGUUGUUUAUUUGCCAAAGUCAACAGAAUGUCUGUUAUUCUUUUAUGUAUACAGUAAAGAAAUUUAAAGUGUAGAAUUUUUGUCCCCCAAAAAGUCAUGUGUUGAUAGUAGCAGCAGUGGUAGUUGUUGUAACAGUAAUCAUUGUCAUUGUCAUUAUCUUCUUAAACAUGAAGCUGCUCCUAAUCGUAGGUGGUACACGUUAAUAACACUAGUAAAAAUAAUGUCUUACACUCUGUAAUUUAUUGCAUAUUGUCAAUAUAUGUCUAUCAUCAAAUGAGUAUUGUAAAAGACUAAUAUAAAUGGUUUAUAAGACUGAUGUAUAUAUUAAGUAGAAACUAAUAUUUUUGUUUCUUGCAAAAGGACCACUUGAAAAGUGAUGCUAAACAGCCAGUAAUAAUAAUUUAAAUAUAAUUUAUUAUUUCAAAAGAAUAUGUCUUAAAAGGGAAAAUAAAAACUUUCUGUUGAAUCACAAAAUUAGAUUUGUACAUAGAGAAACAAUUUGAUAAUACUUAAUAUAAAUCUGUUCAAUUAAAAAUGCUUAUUUUAUACAAAGAUACUACACAAAAAUAGAACAAUUAAUCUAAAUUAAUAUAUUUACAUAUUGCAUAUGGAAGAUAAGUUCAUUUAUCUUCCUUUCUAAGACAUAUUUAAUGUAGGUUACAUACACUCCAACUAUUACUUUGCUUUUACAUAUGAAACUAGAAAACACUGACUUUGUUUUUAUAAGUUAUUAAAUGUGAAAUUGGUCUGCAUCAGCUUAUUUAUAAAAGUAAUUUUCGAGAAAAUGUUACUCUUAGCAUUGAUUUUGUAUGUUAGACUUUUUACAUUCUUUAUCUAAUAUUAUUUAUGACAGUAAUUUUAAAAUAUAUUAUUCAUAAGUUCAAGGAUCCCAUAUAGUAUAAUAAUAUAAUUUCACUUGCUUUGAAAGUUGAUUUAAUUGACUGAUGAAAUGAAUAUGCCUACCCACUCAUAUAACAUACCUCAGGUCUAUUUUACCUUACACUGAAUGUUCUCAAUAUGAUUUGGUACCUAAAGUAAUUGAAAAAAAUGUAGUUUCCUUUAAUCGUUGACUAUAAGUUAUACUACAUUGCAUACAUGGCAAAUCCUGCAAAUAUACAUUAAAAAUUAAAUUAGCCCAUUGAAAUCCAUUAUAAUUCUGUCAUUCUCCCAAGGGAGAAUACCAUUGUACAUAUGCAAUCUUUAUUUUAUUCUUUAUUGCUUAUCAGAGCGAGUGGAUGAAAACAUUUGUUAGGCUGCAACAUAAUAUUAAAAUGUGAAUAAAUAAAUAUCCUGAUAGAAAAGUGGUAAAUUACAAUGAUUUCCAUCAUAUUAUCACUCUUGAAUUUUAUCAUCUAUAAAAUGAGAGAGAAAAUAUCUCACUGAAUUGUUGCUUAUAUCAAUUUAAAAUUUGCUAGUGGUUUGAAAAUAAUAAUGUACUGACUACAUGUAUGCUGUUAUUGUGUUUCCUUCUAUAAACUGUUCUUUGGAAAAAUUAAGUUAUACAUAAAAUUCACAUUAAACUUUUUACAGAAAGCAUACAUGAUAAACAGUUUAUGGUACUUCUCAGAGUCAUUUCACAAUAAGCAAUUUAUUUAGCUUAAGUUCCAACUUACUGUUCUUAUUAUAAAUUGCAAAGCAACCUGUCUUACAUUCUUAUAUUAUCUUAAAAUAAAUAUUUCUGCCCUUGAAUCAA